UCGUGCUGCAAAUAUCGGUUACUGCUGCAUGACGGAUGUCACGACCUUCAGCGUGCUGUCGAGCUCCUCCAUGCGCUAGGGGUACCGCUAAUCGGACUGCUCUGCUUGGAGGUGAUGGCUGAGCUGAGACGCUCAUGAAACUUAUGUGAAAUAUUUCUACUGAUCAGUACCUCAGAUGAAAUAAGUGUGUCCAAAGAUGGAAAUAGAUCUGGAGUAUGCAGCAGUCUAUGGGAGUGAAUUGACAUCUGAUUCGUUAGUGUCUAAGUAGCUUGAUGGCUCUCCCAGACUCUAAACCAAAGCCAUCUUUCUAUCAAAGCAAAAAAGGGACAUUGCACAGUCUGACUACAGAAUGCUAUUUCCAAGUAAGUGAAUUGUGAAGAAGGAGCUCAUGAAUCUCGAUCACGGAGGCUUGGAGAGCAUCUCCGAUGUCUGCUCCAGUGAAGAUAUUCCUGAGGUAGAGCUGGUGAGCAUGCUAGAAGAACAGUUGCCAGAGUACAAAUUACGAGUGGACUCUCUGUACCUGUAUGAGAAUCAAGACUGGAGCCAGACUCCUACCUGCCAUGGUCAUCUUCCUGAAACCACUUCUCCAAUUCAUGACGAGGAGACCUUCCGUUACAUGACUCUUUUAGAACUUCCUCCCUCCUCCUUCGCUGAAUCUCAAAAAUUUGCACAAGUUCUUGGCACAGAUAACGUGGAGCAAAUAACGAAAACCUACAGUGAUGCUGACAUGGUCAAACAUUUGCUAGCUGAGAGAGAUCGGGACCUGGAACUGGCAGCUCGAAUUGGACAAGCCCUUCUUAAGCGAAACCAUCUUCUAACAGAACGGAAUGAAGCACUAGAAGAACAGCUAGGACAAACUCUAGACCAAGUUAACCAGCUGCAGCAUGAACUGUCGAAGAAGGAUGACCUGCUUCGUAUUGUUUCAAUUGCUUCUGAGGAGAGUGAAACAGAUUCCAGCUGUUCCACGCCACUUCGUUCCAAUGAAUCUUUCAAUGUAUCGCACAGCCUCUUGCAGCUGGAUAUCUUGCAAGAUAAACUCAGGGAGUUGGAAGAGGAGAACCUUGCUCUCCGAUCGAAGGCUUGCCAUCUGAAGACAGAAACCAUUACAUAUGAAGAAAAGGAACAGCAGCUGGUUAAUGACUGUGUCAAGGAGCUACGGCAAUCGAAUGCUCAGAUUUCCAGAAUAACAGAGGAGCUGUCAGAAAAGAGUGAGGAGUUGGUUCGCUACCAGGAGGAGAUCUCAUCCCUCUUGUCUCAGAUUGUUGAUCUUCAACAUAAACUCAAAGAACAUGUGAUUGAAAAGGAGGAGCUGAAACUUCAUCUACAAGCUUCCAAAGAUGCACAGAGACAACUAACAGCAGAGCUACACGAGCUGCAAGAUCGGAACGCAGAGUGUCUGGGGAUGUUACACGAAUCACAAGAAGAAGUGAAGUUACUGCGCAGCAGAGCCAGCUCUGCUGCUGUUCUCUGCCGCCCUCAGGCAUGUCGAGCAUUUUCUGGGGAUUCCCUUGCAGCAGAAAUUGAAGGGACAAUGCGGAAGGAAUUGAGUCAGGGUGAAGAAUCUGUUCCUUCUAAGCAAAAGGGUCAACAGAAACGAGUAUUUGACACUGUCAAGGUUGCUAAUGUCACUCGUGGUCGCUCUUCUUCCUUUCCUGCCCCUCUGCCAAUCCCUGGAUCUAAUCAGUCAAGUGUUGUUAUGACAGCAAAGCCCUUUCAGUCUGGAUUGCACCGGAUGGAGAGCCACGCACAGAUGACCCAGAGGAGCAGCUCUGAGAAGAAUUUGAGGGACACUCAUAAGCCAGGCCAGCCAGGAGACCCUGGAGACAGUGACUUAGCCACAGCUCUGCAUAGGCUGUCCCUCCGUCGUGAGAACUACCUGAGCGAAAAGCAGUUCUUUGAGGAGGAGUGGGAGCGAAAGAUGCGUUUGCUGGCUGAGCAGAAAGAAGAGGCUAGUGGCUGUAGUACACCCGCAGAAAGCUGUUUUUCCCUUAGUACAGACUCAGAAUUCACAGAUCUUUCUGCCAGCUCCAGUAACUUCCGUGUCCUCCUACCAGAAAAAUUACAAAUUGUCAAGCCCAUUGAAGGAUCUCAGACCCUGUUUCACUGGCAGCAGCUUGCUCGACCGAACCUAGGCACCAUUCUUGACCCAAGACCAGGUGUUGUUACAAAAGGUUUUACCCCUCUAUCUGAUGAUGCUGUGUACCACAUCUCUGACUUGGAGGAGGAUGAUGAGGAAGAAGGCGAAGGAGGUAUAACGUUUCAAGUGCAACCUUCCUUCCUGGAGAAAAGGAAGUGUGCGGUGGCAAAGCCAGUAGCAGGGAUUUUCCUGCCACCUAUUACUUCAGCAACGGUACCACUCACUGCCUCAAAUCCAGGGAAAUGUCUGUCUUCCACAAAUUCCACAUUUACCUUCACUACCUGUAGGAUCCUUCAUCCAUCUGAUGUCACCCAGGUUACUCCCAGCUCCACGUGCACUCCAUUUUCACUUGGAAAUAGUGCUCACAGCACUAGAAGUGCAGUGGUGAGCACUCCAGCCAUGUCUUACAGGCUUAGUAUUGGAGAAUUCCUCACCAACAGAAGAGACUCAACUACUACCUUCAGCAGCACCAGCAGUCUGGCCAAACUUUUGCAAGAACGAGGCAUCUCUGCCAAAGUUUAUGAUAGCCCCAUCUUAGAAAAACUGCCUUUGCUACAGCCGCCUCGAACUGUUCCCGUUCCUUCUACUCCACCAAAUUCUCCUUCACGUUCACCUUGUCCUUCUCCGCCACCAUUCGAGCCUCGAACACAUCUCUCGGAAAACUUCCUGGCCUCACGACCAGCGGAAACGUUCUUGCAAGAAAUGUAUGGUCUAAAGCCCUCCCGUAACACUCCAGACACAGGCCAACUGAAGAUGAACCUGGUGGACAGGCUGAAGAGGCUGGGUAUUGCCAGGGUGGUCAAGCCCCCUAAGGCACAGGACCAAAGGAGAAAUCAGGGCACAGAGGUUGGUCUGCAGAGACAGGACUCUGCUGUAUUUUUAAACGCAGGUGGCAACUUCAUGGCAGGACUGAGAAGAAACCAGAGCCUUCCUGUCAUGAUUGGGGCGCUGGGAGCUCCAGUUUGCACGCAGUCAUCAAAAAUGGAUCUGCUAAAGGAGAAUUAAGUGGUUUGAAAAACAGCUGAUUUGUAGCAUAGCAAAUAAUAAAUGAGGGAUAAACAUUUAGCACAGGCAUGGUAAAGUGUGUUACAGAAGAGUUGGAGAAGGCAUGUGCAUGUUAAAAGAUGUGCGAGAGCGACGUGUUGGGAUCGAGGAGAAAAGAACGUCACUUGGGUUUGAGGAAAAAGGGUUCAAUGGAAGAUGAGAAAGAAGAAACCAAAGCUUAGUUCUGAGGCCCUUUUCUGGAUCUAUCUUAGCUUAAGCAAAAAUAGAAGACCAUAGUAGAUAUUCUCAGUAUUUUAAUCUUUUAAACUGUAUGUUUAGAACUGUCUUGCAGGUGCUGUUCUAUUUUUCCACCAUAUGAUCAUAGUGUUUUACUAGUUGUUAGCAGUCAGGCUGUACCAUUUAAAUAUAAUAUUCAAAUAACAAUCAGUCUGACUAGCAUCACUGCUUCAAGUCUCUCUCUCUCUAGCGAACAAAUACAGAAAUUUGGAUUCUUUUGAUUCUUGUAUUUUCCAGUUCAGAGGCUGCACUGAAGCCCUCUAUUGAACUCCUCCCCAUUUUGAGAAGCAGGGGAGAGAACCUUUCAUUCCCUGUUAGGAAAUUGUGCUAGUGAAGUAUUAACAGAAGCGAAUUUCUUUCCAGAGGUUCUGAAGCACACAGAGGAGGGUGCAAUGAAUGAGAAUUAAAAAGCAGGAAAGUAUGUAUUAGGUACAAAAAAUGUAAAAAUGUUUUAUUUCAUGCUAAGAUAACUUUCCAAAGUGUGCUAUGCAUCUUUUUUUUUUUUUUUUAGGAGGAGGGUAGUUUUGCACCUACAAAAAAAAUCUCAGGCGCAUGUCAGUGUUGCAAAGGGAAAUAAAGCCUAGGUGCUUGAUUCAGGGUUUGUUUUUAUUUGACCUAAGCAGAGAGCAUUUACUUAAAGACAAGUGUUGGAAGUCUGUACAUUUGAGAGCUCUGUAGUAAACUUAAUGCGUUUCAUGCAGGUAUUUCUGAUUUUAGGCAGGAUUCUAUUGAAAAGAUUUCAUUAAGAAAAUCUUUGGAAAUUGUUUUGGAUCUGUGGUUAGAGCAAAAUUUAGCAUUCUACAUUCUGAAACAACAAAGAAAAUGAAAGCCAGUGUUCUUUGCAGCACUGUAAUGGAUACAAAUCAGUUUUGUCUGCAUUGGAAUCUUGUGUUUUGAUGCGGGAGAGUGAUUCUGAGCCUGCUUCUGAACAAAACUGAGGCAGGCUUUCUGCCUCAAAAAAAAUAUCUAAGUCUGGUGGAGAAAUCUGAUUUCUGUCUGAGCAGUAAUUUGCAGAAUAUUACAGCCCAGGCUGCCUUUUGGAUUCAGGGAAAAAAAAACAAAACUGAUCCUAUCCAAGAUUCUAGCCAUAACUGAAUGAUCAACAAUAUAUCAUAAUUUGUAGCAUAACUUAUAGAAGAAAA